GGCAGUACCACUGGUGGUCACGUUCGCCAUCUUGCUGGUUGUUGUCACGAUGGUGCUGCUCUUGUUCUACCGGAAAUUCCGACGUCUAAAGUCUAGAACCAGAACCAGCAGUCAAAUCGACGAGAUGACCUUACCGUACCCUAGGGGAGGUCACUACCCGGGCAGACGACAGGUCCCGUCAAGUCUCCCAGCGGCCUUAACCAACCAAGCCAUUUCCGUGAAGAACAAAAUCUCCGCCUCCCUCACUAGCAACAAAAAUGGAUCCCUUUUAAAACAAAAAAACGGGGAUGCCCGGAAACAAGCAUCGGGAUUUCCCAUACCGGAUGUAGACGAAUACAACCAAAUGUCGAAUUUCGAGGAAAUUGAGUUGGACAGUCUAUCGUCAGCUGAUUAUCCCGACGCUGACGUAUACAACCUGCAGGAAUCCAGGUUCUACGACUACGGGUACGGGAGUUCGAAUCUGACCAGCUUCGAGAAACGUUUCCAUAAGUACGUCAGAGAAUCGUCCAAUAAGAGCACAGCAUCGCUGCAGAGUUCUGGAAACUCGGCUCCAAUUUUACCCCACACGCCGCUAGACGGCGCUGGGAGUAGCAUUGAACAUCAUCAAACAUCGGCGCCAAGCUUGCAGCAGUAUAAAGAUUCCACAAAACUUCCCCCAGUCAAACCCAAGCGAACGUUUGACUACAUGAACUCGCACCUCCAUCGCGGGUUUGAGAACAGGGGAUACGCCCACGAUUACGACGGGGUCGAUCACGUGACCGAAGAUCGUUGGAGCAACACUCAGGAGGAGCAGGACAGCGACAGCGUGAGUGAGCUCAACUCGCCGGCCCACGAUCGAAUCCACGACAGCGCCACCGAGUCGGAGGGCACGCAGGAGACGGUCUCCGCCGGCUCGUCCUCCGCGUCAGAGAAGCGGCCGAGGAUCUUGAAGUGCGUCAGCUUUGACGAGAGUCAGCUCAAGGCGACCAACGCGAGGCUGAGGGUCAACGACCAGACGCCCAGACGUAAGGUCAGCACCGUGUCCGUGCCGUCGUCCGAGCAUCUGGAAGUCCCAGACAGCGGCUUCAAGAAACCAAGAUCCAUGUACGAAACGGUAGACAACUUAGCCGCAGUCAGCGAAGAUUCGCCUCCAACUACUCAGUUCUUCAUAGGCAACUCGUCUGACACGAGUGCUAUCAAUGAAGAUGUUAAAUCAUCUUCGCUGACAAGAAAAAAGACGCCGAAUACUGAACCAGAAAGCGCUUUAAACGAACCUAAAACUUCUAACCAAAAACUAGAUUUCGAUGCUUCGAGAAAAUCGGAAGAAAAACAUGUCAUGCAAGAUGGCCCCGAGGUUAAGGUUAAAUCUGAUUUCGUGACCCCGAUUAUUAGCGUCGCCGCGAAGAAAAUUCUAGAAGGACGUAACAGUCGCAAACUGAAACAGCAGAACAGCUGCGAGGGGGCGGGCGACGAGGGUGUGAGUCGGUACCUGGCAUCAGGGGACAUAAGCAAGUACACGGAGUACAUCCGGGACAGGACAUCGUCUGCCCCUGCAUCUGCUCUCGUGUCGCCUGCGCCGCCAAACAAAACGGUGCAGAUUUUAAACGUACAAAACAUCCCAAAGAUCAUUCUAACCAAGGAAGACUCCUCCGCUAAAGAUGACGCUAAUAAACCGCAGGAACAAAUCGCUCUUGCUCCGUCUCGCACAAGGCGAAUAGCCAGGGCCAACAACCCGUUUCUGAUUGAAGUAGACCGAUCGGCCUCGGCUUCUGAGAAGGUACGUCGCGCUAGUGCUCCCAGCAUGCCGCUGGGUUCAAAGGCCAACGAUGGCGGGACUAGGGAGGAUAUGAUGACAAGAUCCGCUUCCGGUGAAUUCUUAAGUGCCGGUUUGGGAGGCCGGAGUCACGCGUCACCUCACACGGCGAGGUCAUGGUCGGCUGAGUUCUACGACUUGAUGGCGAAAUCCCGCGCGAACGACCCUUUGAACGACAAAUUCUUUAAGCAAAUGAUAGACGAGCGAUACGAGACGCUGUUCGGCAGGAAGUACCCUGAGAUCUCCUCCCUCAGCCGCUCCCCAGCCAUGUCCCCUAGGGUGGUCAAACGCCGAGCCGCCGAAAGGAAAGUCGCCUCGCUCGACAGGGAUUUGAACCCUCACAAGCUCAUGAUGAUGUUAAACAAAGAGUCAGAGAUCGACGCACAGCUGACCGGAAACCGGUGGUCUUCGCGGAGAUUUUACCGUGAAGAUGCACCACAAGACACGUACACGAGCGGUUUGAAGAACAAUCCGAAAAAAUUCAGUAAUUUGAACGUUGCUCAAAGACCGGUCUUAAUGCCGGGUACUGACGGCUGUGAAGACGACAGCGGUCGAUCAGAAGAGAAUGGUCCAGCCAGUCACAAAGAUAACAUUCUAGAAAACUCUAUAACCGGAAGUAAGAUGAAACCACCGAGAAAUACCUCACUAAGCGAAGUGACCGAGCUAAGGACAGGAGAUUCCAUUACCCGAAUGGACCAAGAUGAUGGCAGCGGUAAAGAAGAUGGCGGACAUCAGGUGACUUCCGGCAAAUCUUCAGUUGACAUGCGCACAAAAAACCCACAGUCCAGUACCAGAAGACCAGUGUCAGACAGUAUGAUCUUCUUUCAGGACAACACUCUUAACUUCCAAACUGAUCGUGAUCCACCGUCUAAGUAUUAUAGGUCGGAUGAUCCACCGUCUAAAUAUUAUAGGUCUCAUGAUCCACCAUCAAGAUUCUACACACCUGAUGAUCCACCUUCUGAGCGCUAUAUGCUUGAUGAUCCACAGGCUAAACACUAUAGGCCUGAUGAUCAAUCGGCUAAGCUCAAUAAACCUAUCACCGAACAAACCCCUCUAGAAAACAAACCACGCGGGCUAGAAAGACAACGGGACAUCGACUCCGACACAGAAACAAACCCAGACGAGACAAGCGAUACAGAAACUACCACCAGACCACAUGAAACGUACAGUGUAGGUUGGGAACACCAAGACCAAUCACCGUCAAAAACACAAGUGAAACCUUACAGAAGGAACAGGAGAAUCUUCUCAUCAGAAGACGGGGUGAACGUUACAGACGAGAUACAUCAAAACACUACAACAUCAAAGGAAGAAGAGCUGAUACAACCGCACCAUGAUGUGACACUAAUACAACAGCACCGUGAUGUGACACUAAUACAACAGCACCGUGACGUCACAGAAUUCUGUGACCACGACGACUCGAACUCGGAAGCCUCUGGUCAAGACGAUGCGCAUGCGUUAGGGAGUAGCGAGGCUGACUCCAGUGACUCCUCCACUGACUCUGAGGAUGAUUCGGGUGACGCCUCGAGCUACACCAUCAACAUGGAGGACACGGCAGAGGACGACAACAUCACAUUGGGAGGGCUGUACACACACCAGUCUUCUAAUGUGUAGAUGGGGGUACUCGUACACAGUGUUGUACACACACCAGUCUUCUAAUGUGUAGUUGUGUGUACUCGUACACAGAGCUGUACACAAACCAGUCUUCUAAUGUGUAGGUGUGUGUAGUCGUACACUGUGUUUUACAGACACCAGUCUUCUAAUGUGUAGGUGUGUGUACUCGUACACUGUGUUGUACACACAUCAGUCUUCUAAUGUGUAGGUGUGUGUACAUGUGUACUUACUCUAUACGCAUGUACACAUUUACACGCAUCAGUCAUCCAAUGUGUAGUUGUGUGUAUUCGUACACAGAUCUGUACACAAUCUUGUAUACAGUGUUGUACACAGUGCUGUACACACACCAGUCUACCAAUGUGUAGGUGUGUACUCGUACACAGUCUUGUACACAGUGUUGUACACGCACCAGUCUUCCAAUGUGUAGAUGUGUGUACUCGUACACAGUAUUGUACACAGUCUUGUACACAGUGUUGUAAACGAACCAGUCUUCCAAAGUGUAGUUGUGUGUACAUGUGUACUCACUGCACACUAAUGUACAUACGAACACGCACCAGUCUUCCGAUGUGUAAAUGUGUGUACUCACUGUACUGUCCUUUCAACGAGUAGAUGUGUAUCUUUGUGUACUCACUGCAGAGUCCCGCACAAGUUUGCUAUUUUUAGAACUGUUGAAAGAUUUCGUGAGUAAAGUAACAGACCUGUUCAUUCCAGGGUACCAAAGACUCUUGGUUUAACCAUACCACGCCGCAGGUUUACGAUCACCCUUUGAUUUUAGCCUAGGCUUAACUUUUUGGAAUACGUAAAGAAUGGCGCGUAAACUGUAUUGGUACUUUUCUUUAUUAUCAUUGAAAUAUAAAUCUAUAAAUAGACGAUUUUUUAUUGGUUGGUCAUUACCCUGUUCCGUGAAAGCUUUUGACUUUAUUUUGUACAAAUUUUACUUUCUUAUAAAAAUAUUUUCAAUUUAUAAAUGUUUCAAUUUUUCAAUACGUUGUUUUAAUGACACCAGCUAUUUAAAAAAAAAAUAAUUUUAGCUUAAGUUCGUUGUCCCAUAGAAUACUGUUCACAUUGUUAGUGUUCUUCAAGACUAAGGUGAAAUGGAGGCGUCCAUUCACAACAUGACACGCUAA